AUGGCUGACUCCGACAACGUCAUCCGUCCCAUCGAGGGCAAGAAGAACGUUCUGAUCACCAGUGCUCUACCAUACGUCAACAACGUGCCUCAUCUCGGCAACAUUAUCGGAUCAACGCUCUCGGCCGACUGUUUCUCCCGCUAUUCCAAGCAGCGCGGCAACCCGACGCUCUACAUCUGCGGUACCGACGAGUACGGAACGGCGACCGAGACAAAGGCCCUCGAGGAGGGUGUCACGCCCCGUGAGCUCUGCGACAAGUUCCACAAGCUACACAAGCAGAUCUACGAUGACUUUCAGAUCAACUUUGACUACUUCGGCCGUACCAGCACGGACAACCACACCAAGAUUGUCCAGGAGAUGUUUUUGCGGCUGUGGGAGAACAAGUGGCUCGAUGAGCGCGUCACCACCCAGCCUUACUGUGAGACUCAUGGCGCUUUCUUAGCCGACCGCUUUGUCGAGGGCACCUGCCCGCGCUGUGGCUACGAUGAUGCCCGCGGCGACCAGUGCGACCAGUGCGGCAACCUGCUCGACCCAUUUGAGCUGAUCAACCCGCGCUGCAAGGUCUGCAAAGUCAACCAGCCGCCCGUGCCCCGGGACACCAAGCACAUCUUCCUCGCUCUGGACCGCCUCCAGCCUCAGAUGGACGAGUGGUUCGCCAAGGCAAGCAAGGAGGGCAAGUGGUCGCCCAAUUCCAUUGCCAUUACCAAGUCGUGGCUGGACAAGGGUCUCGAGGGCCGUUCGAUUACGCGCGAUCUCAAGUGGGGUGUGCCGGUGCCGCUGCCCGGCUACGAGGGCAAGGUGAUUUACGUGUGGUUUGAUGCUUGCAUUGGCUACCCGUCCAUUACGUCGUGCUAUUCAGAGAAAUACUGGGAGGAGUGGUGGAAGACCGGAGACGUCAAGCUGUACCAGUUCAUGGGCAAGGACAACACGCCGUUCCACGCGGUGACGUUCCCUGCGAGCCAGCUUGGCACGGGCGACAAAUGGAACAUGGUACACAACAUUUCGACGACUGAGUACCUCAACUACGAGAACACGAAGUUCUCCAAGUCGCGAUCGGUUGGCGUGUUCGGUGACCAGGCAAAGGACACGGGCAUCCCGACGUCCGUGUUCCGCUACUACCUACUGAGCUCGCGGCCCGAGAGCAGCGACACGCAGUUUGAGUGGAGCUCGUUUGUGCAGGCCAACAACUCGAUCCUGCUGGCCAAUAUCGGCAACUUUGUCAACCGCAUUGUCAAGUUUGUCAAUGCCAAGUUUGACGGCGUGGUACCCGAAUACUCCACGUCGAUCAAGGACGAGUCCUUUGACUUUGCCGCGUGGGUCGGUGAUGUCCAGAAGCUGCUUGACGAGUACAUCUUGGACAUGGACGCCGUCCACCUGCGCAGCGGCGUUGAGAAGGCCACGGCCGUCUCGAGCCAGGGCAACACACUUCUGCAGUACCGCCUCGACAAUGCCAGCCUGGAGAAGGAACCUGAGCGCACCAAGGCCGUCAUUGGCUAUGCGCUGUCUCUCUGCGGCCUGCUGGCGUCCAUCCUGUCGCCCUUCACGCCUUCGACGUCCGAUUCGAUUGCCGAGCAGCUCAACGUUCCCCUGCCGCUGAUCCCGGACACCUUUGAUCCUGGCUUCAUCAAGCCGGGCCAUAAGAUCGGCAAGGCUGCGUACCUGUUUUCGCGUAUCGACGAGAAGAAGGUGGCCGAGUGGAAAGAAAAGUUUGGUGGCACGUCCGAGACGCGGGAGGCCGAGGCCGCGGCCAAGGCGAAGAAGCAGGCUGACAAGGAAAAGAAGAAGGCCAAGAAGGCGGCAUCUAAGGCGGCUGAGGCCGGGAAAAAAGACGGUGAGGCUGAGCCUGUCGACGCGGCGACCGUCGCCACGGGCGAGGCCAGGGAGCUUCCGGUGCGGGAGAAGCCGGUGGAGAAAUAG